CCAGCCACCCUAUAUAUACUAGUGUUGUAUUCGCCGUUAGCACUCCUUUUACCCCUCGUUCACAUUUUCUCUCUCAUCACCGUCUACUCCUCGUUCUCCUCUCCUCUCUAUCACUACUCUCGAGGCGAGUCGAACGCAGGACUUUGUUAAACAUUGCAAUGGCAGAAAUGAACCAGCACCCAACUGUCUUCCAGAAAGCAGCUAACCAGCUACACCUGAGCUCGAGUCUUUCCCAAGAUGUCCAUGCUCGCCAUGGGGGCGUGCAGCCUGCUGUUUACCAGAGGCGUUUUGCUUAUGGAAGCUACUCCAAUGCUGGACUACAAACAUGCCAAGCCACUCAGGAUCUGUCAUUGAUCACCUCAAAUGCUUCACCAGUGUUUGUGCAGGCUCCUCAAGAGAAAGGACUUGCAGCUUUUGCCACUGACUUCCUCAUGGGUGGAGUUUCUGCUGCUGUGUCAAAGACCGCUGCUGCCCCCAUUGAACGUGUUAAACUUUUGAUCCAAAAUCAAGAUGAGAUGCUCAAGGCUGGUAGGCUCUCAGAACCAUACAAGGGAAUUGGCGAAUGUUUUGGGAGGACAAUUAAAGAAGAAGGGGUUGGGUCGUUAUGGAGAGGAAACACUGCUAAUGUUAUCCGUUAUUUUCCCACUCAGGCCUUGAACUUUGCAUUUAAGGACUACUUCAAGAGACUCUUCAACUUCAAGAAGGACCGUGAUGGCUACUGGAAGUGGUUUGCUGGCAACCUUGCAUCUGGUGGUGCUGCUGGUGCUUCCUCAUUGCUCUUUGUCUACUCCUUGGACUAUGCUCGUACCCGUCUUGCUAAUGAUGCCAAGGCCUCAAAGAAGGGAGGUGAGAGGCAGUUCAACGGUUUGGUUGAUGUCUACAAGAAGACACUCAAAUCUGAUGGAAUUGCUGGUCUGUACCGUGGAUUCAACAUUUCAUGUGUUGGUAUCAUUGUUUACCGUGGUUUGUACUUCGGAAUGUACGACUCUUUGAAGCCUGUUCUCUUGACUGGAAGCCUGCAGGAUAGUUUCUUUGCUAGUUUUGGUCUUGGUUGGCUCAUCACCAAUGGUGCUGGUCUUGCUUCCUACCCAAUUGAUACAGUCAGAAGAAGAAUGAUGAUGACGUCUGGCGAGGCCGUUAAGUACAAGAGUUCGUUCGAUGCAUUCUCCCAGAUUGUUAAGAACGAGGGUGCCAAAUCCCUCUUCAAGGGUGCUGGUGCAAACAUCCUCCGAGCUGUUGCUGGUGCUGGUGUGUUGGCUGGAUACGACAAGCUUCAGGUCAUUGUUUUUGGAAAGAAAUACGGAUCCGGUGGUGCCUAAGUCAGCCUCUAAACAUCCUUUUUAGAAAUAGAUGGUGAUGAAAAUCUUUUUGGUGUUACGUUUGAGGAUUCAUUUGGGGAGACAAUUACCAAUUUUCCUUUGCCUUCUGUAAUAAUUUAAAAUUUUAGAGGGGGUUAAAUCUUUGAAACCCCACACCCCUUUCCCUUGUUGAAGGGGUUUUACUGUUUUGUUUUGGCGGAUCUUAAUUCACUGCAGAGGUUACAGGUUCUCAAUGGGAUCUUCGAUAAAAUACAAAUGUGGAUCAGUUUGAGACUAA